UGACCAGCUGUUUUAUGUCAGUAAUUAUUAAGGGUGUUUAUAAAUUAUUAUAAAAUCAUGGGUGUUGUAAAUUUAUUACAUUUGAAACAUCAAUUCUUCAAAUGAAAUGAUCAAUAUUUAUCAAUUCAGAAACUAUCUAUUAAAUUUACAACAAGAUUUACGUUCUUCGUUCGGCAGAUAAAGUUAUUUAAGUCGUUGAAGUAUGGCGAAUUUAAAGUUGUCAUCUUACGAUUUCAUCCAAAACUCAUUUUGUCCAUUAAUUGCAACAUUUUGUAGCCCCAAAGUUGAUCAAACUUGUAGAAAAAAUAAUCUAUCCUUUACAGAGCUUGUUCAACCUUUCUGCAAGAUCGGAUCUGAAGCUUAUGUCCAAGAUUCAACCGGUUCAUCAAUCACUGUCAAGAACUUGCGUCUCAAUUUGAUAGAUGUUCACAGUCAACCUCCACAACCCACCAAAGCAAGAAAACUGCUCAACGAUUCGGUUAGCUUGGUGACAAACGAACGAUUGACCACUUGUGAAAUAGGCUCUCUCCUUCUUGAAGUACCAACUGCUUUUCCAUGGUUUGAGUCAUGGCGCGAAACAUUUCUACAAGUUCAGUUUCCAUCAGACCACGAGUUUCUCAAACACUAUCUUGGAUGCAUUCUAGUGGUUUCUUCAAAAGAAAGCAAUCCGUCAGAAACGCUGGCCAGAAUGGAAGAGGACCUCGCCAAAAUGCAGAACUUGCCGCCGAACACACUCCCCAAGUGGUUCAGUCCUACCAACAUUCUGCGCUACUACGUGCUUCUGCAUGACAGCUCAGACACUCAUCAGAAAGUAUCUGAAACAGUAUUUGAAGGCAUGUGUACCACGUAUGGAGCAAAAAACUGUUUUUUGCUUCGCAUCAACUCACAGCCACCAACACCUCUAGACAAUGAACUAACGGAUCCGUGGAUACCAUACAUAAAUAAGAAUAUAUCCUCACAGGACAAUGUGAACGAUAACGAGCUUGAUAAUCAUAUCAGCUCAAGCACAGGAAGCUUGGAGACUGGACAAGAAGCUGAUGAACAUCCGGUCAUCCUUCAUCCACUGAGUCCUGUCUCAGAGACACAAAAUAUCAUCAUGAACAGCAACAGCUAUGACAAAAAUUUAGCAGAUGGAGGUGUGAACAACAAUUUGCCUAGAGUUCAGCACGGCGCCUGUCUGACAACUGGCGACUUGGAUCAAAUCAGACAAAUGAUCAACGAAUUCUGUGUGAAUGCGCUGCUGCCUCAUAUUGAGGUUCAUAUUGCUCAGCUUAGUUUCAUUAUUUCAAAUAAGAAAGGAGUAAGUAGGUCUUUGCUGAGUGCAACAAAAAGAUGGUUCGGCAGCAAUAAGCCAGGCACCCACACGAAUGCACUCCCACCCACAUCUGUCAUGUACUCGGCCGACUCACCCGAGAUCCAGCAACGGCGACUGGGCGACCUGUACAUGAUGGUGCAAGCCUACCCUCAGGCGUACUCGGCCUACCACUCGGCUAAGCGCGACUUCCACGCAGACGGCGCCUGGCUGCACUACGCAGGCGCACUUGAGAUGGCCUCCCUCGCCCUCCUCAUGCAGCCGGGCGACCAAGCCAUCCGCAAGGCCCACGACUAUGCUGACGAGAGCAUUCACACCUACCAGAACUCUUGCAGGAUGCCGCAGUUCGCGACGCGCGCAACCCUGUUCUCUGUGGAGUGUUUGCGUGCACGCGGCAUGCACGGAGAGGCGGCCAAACAGCUGAUCCGCAUGACGUGUGAGGACUCUGACCUGCGCAGUGCGCUGCUGCUGGAGCAGGCGGCCCACUGCUUCCUGCAGGCCACGCGGCCUUGCAUGCCUCGCAAGUAUGCCUUCCAUCUGGUGCUGGCCGGCCAUCGCUUCUCCAAGGCCGGACAGAAGCGGCACGCCUUGCGAUGCUAUCGGCAGGCGCAUCAGGUUUACGAGGGUAAGAACUGGAGCCUGGCCGAGGACCACAUCCACUUCACGAUUGGGCGAAUGGCGGCCGGGCUGAAGCGGGGUCAGGAGGCGGCUGAGGCCUAUGCCAGACUGCUGCCUCGAGCCAGUCGCCAGGGCGCCGCUCAGCAGGCCUCUUUCCUCAACGAGUACCUCAUCACGCAACAGGAAGUGAGCAUAGAGACAGGUGAAAUUCCAGUUCUACCAUUGCCUGUGAUCGAUGGCAACUCUAUUCAGGUGCUGUUGGACUCGGCCCCGCAGCCCGUUUCAAGUCCCAAUGCUAUUCCUGCUUCCGGCCUAUCUUUCCAACUUACCCAAGAAGAAAACACAAGGUGGUGCAAAUUGGAGGAGCAGGCAGUCAAUGUUGCUUUCGAAGGCCAAGCAUUUGUGUUCAAACCUACCAUAGAAUUGCUCAAUAACACUACAAACAAUGCCAAUCCAGUUUCAGCUUAUGUCAACGAAGAGAUAAGCGUGAGCGUGUGUAUGGAGAACCCGUUGCACAUAGCGCUGGCCCUACGCAAGGUGCGGCUGCUGUGGAGCCUGAUCCCCGCCGACGGCGGCCUCUGUCAAGAUAACCAGCCUCAGCCGGGAGUGGCGGUGCCCGCGCAUGCGCAGUUGGCCGCCUGCUCCCAGGCCCUCGACUUGCUCACCAUCGAGCCGGACUCGGCCAAAAAUGUUAUUCUGAAAGUGACCCCGAAACGAACGGGUGAGCUGAAGAUCACAGGCGUGGGCUACAGUGUGGUGAGUGGGGUGGAGGGGGGUGGUGCAGGGGGAGCGGUGGUGGCGGGGAGGCAACACUUGGUGGUGCCACCGCGCAUGCACGUGCGUACACCCAACGACCUCCGCGGCCUCCAGGCGGCUGUCGACAGUCGGCUCACGCUCAACAUCGUCGACUCGUUGCCGCAUCUUGGGGUGACUUUGGAAGGGCUGCGCAGCGAUGUGGUGUGCGGCGAAGUGUACGCAGUGCAGGUGGAGCUGACCAACUGUGGCUGCCAGCCGAUCAGUCGCAUCCUGGUGGCCUCGUCGGCGCCACACCUUGUGUCGAUCGGCACCAAGUGCUGGCCGAGUGGCCAAGUGUGCUCGGUGCCGCUCGCCUCGCCCCUCGCGCCUGGCCAGCGUGUGAGUGAGAGGAUGCUGUUGCGUGCGCCCGACGCCAGGGGGCAGGCCAACCUGCAUCUGCUCUUCUACUACGAGUCAGCGCCGCAGCAACGCAGUCGGCCUAGGUAUAGGCUAGUUCGCCACUGUUGGCCGCUGACAGUUUACGAAUCACUUCACAUUUCUGCCUUAGCAACUAGGAGUUGUUCCUCUAGUCAUACAAGCGAAACGAUGAACAUUAGACUAAGUGUUGAAAAUAACAAUCAGGUACAUGAUCCUCUUCUCAUACAAGUGUCACUUCAACAAGUCUCCUUAUUCAGCCACAAAUGGAAAAUGUGUUCAAAUACACACUGCCCAAAAGAAUCAACGAUAGACGCCCAAGAAACAGUGCACCUUCUGCUGCAAGCAUGCAAGAAACUAUCGGAAAGUGGGAAACCCGAACUGAGCUCUGUCACUUUGAAUACUGAGAGCAAAACAUCGCCUUGCUUGGAUUUCAUUGACAGGGGAACUGACGAAGAAACAAGUGCAGGACCAGAGAAUGAUCUCACGUUACAGUCCACACUGGUAUUAAUUUGGAAGGGAUCAAUAACGGAAAACGGUGGAAGCAAACGCGUGGUGGAGGGCCAGCAUCACCUGAGGCUAUCGCGGCUGGACGAGUCGGUGUCGUGGCCACCCGACAACUGCCCCCCCGUCCAGGUGGGCUCGGACGCCCUCUGCCUCUUCGGCCCCCCCGAGGCGCGCCCCCAAUCGCAACUCUUCAAGCAGCGACUGCUCACCUUCAGACUCAACCAUCCCACCACUGUCUCUCACGAUUUCAAACUCAACAGGAUUUGCAUCGUUCCAGUCAAAGUUGAGGCUCGAAACUGUUGUGAUAAUACUCUUGCCGUAAAAUUCGAAGCUAAAGGACCACUAGUCAGUUCGCAUAAGGGCCAACUGUAUUCGCCGCGCCCAGCCAGCUGUUUCCAGUGGGUAGGCCAGACGGCGGCAAGUGUCGAACUGGAGGGGAGAGCGCGCUACGAUCUGUCGCUAGCAGUCGUGCUGACCGCCCCGGGCGCCUACGAUCUGGGGGCGCACCUCACCGUAUCCGUCGCCAUCUCACACCUUAGUGCCGAGUUGGUGCCUCAGACGUGGCGACCCGAGGCCAUACUCAUCGUCAACACAUAGUCGAUGGAUUCACUUCAAACUGUCAGCGUUGAUGUCGGUUCCAACUGUCACCAUUGAUUAGAAUGCUCACCGUUUGAAGUGAAUUUCAAUAAAGCUGCUGCUAACUGUGAUCACCCAAGUGUAAAAAGUAUAGUUUGUUCAACGAGACUACUUACAUUAUUGAGUAAGUGAAUAGUUUAUUUCCUGUCGGUGAUACCUGGUUUUCAAGACUCCAGGAGACUUUCCAGUUACUCGAGGUAGGUUACCGGACCUACCGUACCUAAACCACAGUUAAGCAGCCCAUAGACAAUAGACAAGGAAAAUGGAGACGGCAAGUUACUGGCGGAUAGUAAAGCCAGUUACAAACACAUCGAUUUCUGGAUUUUCGUUUUUUUGCUGUUCUUACGAAUUUUACCAGAUUAAACGGAACUUGACAAACAUAAUCUGUUUAAUCGAAUAGGGUCUAAGGACGGCAAUACGAUGUGGGUUUAACUAGACUAACUGUGUAGGCAUUUUUGUGUGAGGGUUGUGUGGCAGAGAGGACCUACAUUCCCAACUCCGCCCUUAAUAAAGGCAAAUCAAUCAAUCUCUAACUUACCGCUUAUUUUUCCUGCCUUAAGGGUGCAUUUUCGUUUGUGCGUAAACUUCCGCAGUCGACGACAAGCAUUGUUGACAUUCAAAUUGUCCAAAUUUCAAGUGUGGUAAAACAGCUGAUCAAAUAACUUUUCAUUAUUUGUGUUUCAAGAAUCAAAACUUUUCUAAUACUGUAAUAUCAACAUUUAUUUCCAUUUAAAAUUAUAAACUAAACUUCCCCCAUUAAAACAUAAUUGAACAUAGGUUAUUUAGACAAAUUGAAAUCUACGGUCCAAUGUGAGAUGCUCACCGUGAUGUGGUCGACUACGGCGGCAUUUACGCACAAACGAAACCACAGCUUAAAGUCUUUCUUUCCACUCCAGCGGCAAUUAAUUACUAAUCAAAAAUUAUGUUUGUUAUCACUAGCCAAGUGGUAUUAUGACUUGCAAUGGCUGCCAGUAACUUUCAGUCUCCACUCUCCCUGUAUGUGAGCUGUUUUACUUUAAUGCUCCACAGGAUCAAGUUACAUGCUUCUAGUAACCUGCCUCGGGUACUAGAACGUCUACUGGAAUCAUGAAAAUUAGGCAAAGUAUCAUCAGCUGAAAGUACUAGUGUCUGAUUCACGUAUGUAGCUAUGGUCUACUUCCAUUCAGUAAAGCAAAUUUAACAAAAAACACUUCACUCACAUGGGCUGCUUUUUAACAAAUUAAUAAAAACAAUAUAAAAAUCUUGAAGUACCCUUUAUUUUUAAAAACUUUGAAAUAGUUCAACUAUUUCAUUUUAAAAACUAUUCUAUUUUUUUUAAAUAAAAGGGUACUUCAAGAUUUUUAUAUUGUUUUCAAAUUUAACAAAUUUAUAUACUGAAGUAUACAAAUCAUAAUUAUUGUCUCUUGUAGAUAAGAUUAAUAUUUAUAUGUUACCCAUCAAUAGGAUUUGAUUCAUAUCUGUUUAUUGAUGAAAUUUCUACUAAUUAUCGUUCUUAUAGUAAAAUAAAGUGCCAUCAUUAAAUUUGUUGAAAUCAUGAUGUAAUCUCGAACACUUGUGAAUCAACCUACUUUUGAGAAUUUAUGUACUUUUAGUGCUCAUGAACGAACUGGCAGCGAACAAAUUUGUUACCUAGCAACCAAUCAGAAUAAUUGUAGUACUUGCCAAUCAAGUCUUCUCUAGAAUCUUGAAUAAAAACGGCCCCUAAUUUUUCGACUCAAAAUUAUAAAAAUUAAUUAUUGAAAAUUAAAAUUAUUUGACGGUUUUGUGUUACAUUAAUGGUUGAUACUAUGUAAGCUUAUUUUUCAAACUUUAAAAUUGAUUAUUGCUUCAAGUUGGAAAUAAUUAUGAAAUUUUUGUGUGAACAUAACGUACAGUAUUUGGAAUGCUGAUGAAAUGUUGAGAAGGAAGUGGUUGUAGCUUAGAAAGCCACAAGUCACUCUUUCACUCUUUCCAUUUAUUUAGUUAGAAUAAGAUCAUUGAAUCAAUUGACCUCUAUAAGCGAUGUCCAAGUCAGCACUUAAUUAACUUUGGUGUUGCUUUCCUUGUCUGUCAUUAGAGAAAGCAGAUAGUUCUAUCCUUUUCUAGCUCCGUAACGUCGCCAGAUUGUUUUUGAACGAUAUAGAAAUAUAAUUAAUUGCCAAAAUAUUCAAUCUAAAUCAUGAAAAUUGAUUGUUGAAUCAUUGAAAAAUAUAUUUUCUUGAUGAAUAAAAUGUAAUUUAUUAUUGUUAUUAACAAGAAUGAAUAGUUAAUAUUACAUCAGCUAUAAAUGAAUCAGUUAUCUUAUAUAAAGGCAGUGGCAACGCAGAGAAUCGGCAACGCUGUUGUCCGAUCUUCUCACUGACUUUAUGACGUGGACCUCUUGCUUUCAGCUGAUAAUCUUACCAACAGAAAACAUGUAGCUGUAAACUGCAUCAAUCUGUAGACUUGUUGAACAAACUAUCAUAUGACCAGUCUGCUAUCAGUGCCACUAACUCUCAUCACUUUCAGAAUACUCUAGCAACUUAAUCUUUUCAGACUUGUUAGUUCGAUUGUUAAGACUCUGUUAUCAAAUACUGAAUUUUAAAAAGCUUCUAUUACCAUACUCUCUAUUGAGUAUUUAGCAUACUUGUAAACUUGCAUAAAAUUCCUAUAUAUAUUACAAUAGAAUUCUAUCUAUCUAUAGAUAUUUCAUAGUUGCGUCUAUCAAUUAUUGAUAUAUUUUGUAUGAUUAUGUAUACCAUCAGACUAUAAACUUGUAUUUAUAAAUGCUAUUACAUUAGAAUAUUAUUAAAUUAUAUUUUUUGUUCUAUGAGGAAGAUACUUGAAAAGUCCAUUACCCGGUAGCUCGUCUAUUCAAUUAAACCACCCUGAAAUGACGCCAUCACAUUGUAGGCAGAUUUAUUCAUUGGUACUCCUAGCAUUGCAAUUGACAUUUCAGUCGUCACCAACAAAUUCAAACACUGAAAAAAUUAUCUAGUGGAUCAAGCGAACAUAAUAUUGACUAAAUUUUCAUCACUAUCAUAGAAAUUUUAUAAUUAGGAUAUUUUUCAAAAAAAAA